AAAUUAUGGAAGGUUAUGAAUGCUCCUAACAGAAGAAAGAAAACUCUGUUUAACCAUCUAUACAUGCUGCUUCUGGGAAUGAAAUCCCUCGAGCUAUUAACCAGAAAAUCUGGGAGACUAAAAAUGCUGUUGACAGAACAUUUUUGCAAAAAUCAAGUCCCGUGUGUGUGCCUGUGUAUCUCCUCCUACCUUUGCAGCAAGAAGAAAAAAGAGAAUGGUUAUGAGCAAGUUGACCAAGAAAGAUACAUGAACUUGGUCCGUUCUGUCACAUCUUCCAAAGCCAGCCCUCAGACACCGGAAACAUUGUAUGAAGAAGAUAAUCUGAUAUAUGGACCAGUGAGUAAGUUUAAGUCUCCAGUUAAGGAUGUUGAAGCAAAAAUUCCAAAAAAUUGGGUCCCUCUGGUAAACUCCAAUAAAAGAACUUUGCCUCCAAACAGUGACCGAAAGCACCUGCUGAAAAUCGGUUUACAAAGGCACAAGGUGCCCAGUGUGACGAGUGUUCUUCAGCAGACCAUGCCUUUGGACCAGGCAUUCUACCUGAAGAGGUGGAAGCAGCGGAUGAUUCUGGAACUUGGAAAAGAUGGUUUUGCAGAAUAUACCAAAAACCUAUUCCUUCAAGGAAAACUAUUCCAUGCAGCUUUGGAAUCUGUCUUUUUGUCUGAAGAGGUUCCGUUGAAGGAGCAGGAAAAAGAUACCACGGUCUCUGGCUACUUAGCAAGUGUGCAGCAUGUCCUGAGAGACAUCAGUGGAGUAAAAGCUCUUGAAAGUGCAGUUCAUCAUGAGACUCUUCACUAUUUAGGCCUUGUGGAUUGUGUGGCUGAGUAUCGAGGCCAGUUAUGUGUGAUUGACUGGAAGACUUCAGAGAAAUCAAAGCCGUAUCUCCGGAACACAUUUGACAACCCACUACAGGUUGCAGCAUAUACCGGAGCCAUAAACCAUGAUGCUAAUUAUGACUUCCAGGUUAGUUGUGGACUCAUUGUGGUUUCUUAUAAAGAUGGCUCCCCUGCACAUCCACAUUUCAUGGACUCGGAUCUGUGCUCUCACUAUUGGAACAAAUGGCUCCUGCGCCUUGAAGAAUACACAGAGAAGGAAAAAAACAGUGCAAUUGAGACAAGUUAGAGGGGUGUGGUCUGAGCACAGAAGUGAAGCGGGAAGUCCUGAAUUUUAAUCUAGUCUCCGAUACUGACCCUCUUUGACCUUGGGCAAAUCACUUAAUAUCUCUGCCUCAGUGUCCCAUAAUACUUGCCUACCUUACAGAGGUGCAAGAGGAUUGAAUGGGCCAACUUAAAUUGGGCUGAUAUUUACAUUUUGCAGCAAGCCUUUAUAAAACCUGAAAUCAAUAGAAAUGUUCCCACAAUUAAAGAAAAAAUCCAGUUAAAAGUUUAUGUAAGCAAACUAUCACACUCUUGCAGUGUUUGAAACCUAACCCUUGCUGAACUGAGAACAUGAAAGUGAAAUUGACUCUGAACCAAAGCAAAACUUGCAUUGUCAGAGCUGAGUGAAAUGCAAACAAUAAAGAGCAUAAGUAGUGACAAGUAGACUGGAUUUUAAACAUUUCAGCUCUUGCUAAUCUCUCAUCUGUUUACAACAUUAUGUUGACAGUGUCCCUUUGAAGCCAGAAAAACUGCAAGUGCUAAGAAUAACUAAACCUGCAUUAAGCAAUCACUCAGGAUGUUAAGACAAAUUGGUUGCUUUAGCAGAAGUGGCCCCCAGAAGAGGAGCAGAAAUGUAAUUGGCAUAGCUGAAGACUACCCGUAAGAGCCCCCUAAGACAAGAGGUUGCUCUAACAAGAGUGGACUCACUCUCGUACAGGUUUCUCUGCAUCAGUACAAAGCUGCGUCUCUCACAUAAAGCAAAGUGAGAAUGAAACGGAGGCUUUGUACCUUAGGCCCCAAUUGGGCAAUAAGUUCCAUGCAAAGACUCUUGUGCCAACACAGCUCCGCUGAUUUCACUGGGGUGAUGCAUAGAUUAAGGGGGCCCACCCAUGCAGAACUAAUUGCAGGAUCAGAACCUUAGGAUGUAUAUUGAUGACAGUAUAUUUUUCAGAAAUCUUAUUUUGUGAUUUUGAAAUUUAAGAACUGAAGAUUUAAGAACUGAACGCUGAUGCUAGUUCUUAAAUAAACAAGUAAAAACUGCAACCAUAUCCUUCACGGACUACAAAGGUAUCUUGCUUUCUGUUGACUAUGUUAAGUUGACUAAAUAACAAGUUUAUCGAUUAAUAAUUAGUCCUAAAAUACAGGAGUCACAUUUGAGACUCAUUUCAUAAUAACGAGUUUGUAAGAAGAGAUGAUAACAAGAUAGUGUUGUAAAUGUUGAAUAAACACUGAGCAUUUCUUCUUA